GCGCGAGGUGCUUUAGGUUGCGUUUAAAUAUUCAAAGUCGCUUCGUCCAGCACCGGGUAUACCACGCAUGGGGAUCUCGGGUCUCCUGCCGCAGCUCAAGUCGAUCACGUCGCCGACGACGCUCCGGCAGUACCGCGGGAAGACGGUGGCGGUCGACGGCUACUGCUGGCUGCACCGUGGCGUCUACAGCUGCAGCCAAGAGCUCUGCCUAGGUCAAGAAUCCGACAAGUACGCUCUACCGCGCUUCGACGUCGCUCAUGCAGAAACGCUAGGUAUAUCAAGUACUUUAUGGAGCGAGUCGAACAUCUACUGACGUGUGGUGUGAUCCCGUACAUUGUCUUUGAUGGCGGGUACCUGCCGAUGAAGAAGCUCAAGGAAGACGAGCGCCGAAGCUCGCGAGACAAGCACCGCCAGAGCGGCCUCGAGUUCCUCCAGCAGAAGAAGUACGAUCUGGCCCGGCAGUGCUUUGUCAAGGCCGUCGACGUCUCGCCGUUUAUGGCCCACCGCGUGAUCGAGUGCCUCAAGAAGCGCAAUGUACAGUACGUCGUCGCCCCGUACGAAGCCGAUGCGCAAAUGGCGUACCUCGCGCGCAAUGGUCUCGUCGACGCCGUCAUUUCCGAGGACUCGGACUGCCUUCCAUUCGGCUGCUCGACGGUGCUCUUCAAGAUGGACCAGGCUGGGCACGUGGACGAGAUCCAGCUGUCCAACCUGGCCAAGAACAAGGGCCUGUCUUUUGUCGGCUUCAACGACGACAUGUUUCUCGAUAUGUGCAUCAUGUCAGGCUGCGACUACGUCGCCUCGAUCCCAGGCCUCGGCGUCAAGAAGUCCCACGGUCUCCUCCAGCGCUACGGCUCUUGGCGCAAGGUCGUCCGGGCGCUUCGCAUCGAGAGCAAGCUCAAGAUAUCGCCCACGUACGAAGCCGACGUUGAGGAAGCCCGCUUGACGUUUCGCCACCAGCGCGUGUUUGACCCGCGCACCAAGACGCUCGUGACGCUGACACCGCUGCUGUCGACGACGUUGACGGACACGGACUUCCUGGGACCAAUCAUUCCCGACGAGAUCGCGGCGCAGAUCGCAGAUGGGAGCAUGGACCCGAUCUCGCAGACGCUGUUUCCAGCGUCCAUGGUGGCGCGGUUCUCGGCCGUGCCGCGUGCGCCGGCCCCGCCAAAGCCGACGACACCGGUCCAGGCCAAGGCGCCUGCAAUGUUUGUGACACCAGAGGCUGAGAAGGAGAAUGCCUUCACGCGCAUGCUCUCGGCGGCAGGCACGUCGUCGCUCGUGCAGCGGUCGACCAUGAAGCGCAAGCUCCCACUCAGCUUUGCCGAUGCGAACGCGUCCAAGUGGAUGUACAAAAAACCUACUCACGUGCGUCUCCAUAUCUGUGUCGUGCUUGUGUACAUUGUGGUGCAUUUUGCCUACUUGUCGUCGAUCAUCGUCUAGUCAAUGGAGAAUCUUAUGUCUUCUGUGUGUUCGUGUAGCCAACCAAGACGACAGCCCAGCCCUCCAAGAGCACGGCAAGCAGUCGCUUCUUUGCCCCGAAACCAAGUUUCAAGGCGUCCCAGACCCAAGAGGCGACCCAAGAGGCGACCCAAGAGUCGACGCCAGAGAGCACCGACGCCGUCGAGUCGACGCCGCCGGCGAUGAUCCCCCAACCGACGGUACAGAGUCCGAUCAAGAAACCCGCGCCGCCACGAACGCUCUUCGACCACUUUCGCUUCCAAGCGUCGGCAAAGUAGAUAGAGUAGACGAAAAUGUGAAUAUCGACCACACCAUAGAGUGAGAGCAGGCGCCACUCGCACCACAAGGCCACUUGGCGGCCACAGCCCUGGUGUUGUCGGCGACAACAGGCCCGACCUUGCGACCUGCCUCAAUCCAGGCAAGUUCGUCUCGGCCGUAGCUCGCCCCAAGCCAAGCCCACGUAAAGUGUCGAGUCAACAAGCAUGGCUUUGGGACGUGAGCCCGUUCAAGAAAAGUAGAUGAGCGCCAUCUUCCGUCGAUUCGAUGAAACACAUAUUCGUGUG